UUAUUUUAAGAACAACAUUAUGAAAUUAGAAAUAUUGCUUUUCUUGAGGUUGUCCGAUUUAAAUUAAUCGAUCAUUCAUUCUCUACGUGCAAUGGUGUAACUGACACUUUGGAACAGCUGUUGUUUUGGCUUGCCGGUUUCUUGCUUUUCCUCUUUCCUGGUGCAUCUUCUCCAAAAUCCUUCCUCCAUGACACUCUUGCACAUCGUGCGGACUGUUGCAAGUGCCGUAAAAUCUUUCCCCAGCAGCGUUUUUUCGCUACCGGUCGCUUCCUGCCGAACCUUCGCCACCUCUUACGCCAUGGCUAACUGCGUUCGCGAAAUCGAAGGUGACCUCUUCAGCGCACCCAAGGACCACUCGCUGGCCCACUGCGUGGCAGCCGAUCUGAAGAUGGGCGCUGGUAUCGCGGUAAGAUUCAAGCAGCUCUACGGAAAGGUUGACGAACUGAAGGCGCAAAACGCGGGCGUCGGUGGUGUGGCCGUGCUGGCCGAUGGUUCAUCGCGAUACGUCUAUUAUCUCAUUACGAAGAAAACGUACAACCUGAAGCCCACGUACGACGAUCUGACCAAGUCCCUGCGGGCGAUGAAGGAACACAUGGCGAAAAGCGGUGUUGGUAAGCUGGCCAUUCCUCGGAUCGGGUGCGGUAUCGAUGGGCUCGAGUGGGGCAAGGUAAAGGAAAUCCUGAACACGGUAUUCGGGGAAGAUGGCGCGUACGAAAUCGUUGUGUACAACUACGUGCCGAAGUGAUUGUAAUGCCAUGAAGAAAUCUCCAUUAAGUUCCUUAUCGAUCGAUAUAGAAGUUGCAGAGCAUAUUGUAAUAAAAAACGUUUAAAUUUAAA